AUGUCACGUACAAACGGGGCAAAAACUUACAACUUUCGCAAAACCGCGACAACGCAGCUGACAGACCGCGUUUACAUGUAAAACAACGCAAUCGUGACGUGAAACGAAAACGAGAUUCGCUGUCUGUUUCCCAUGAUAUGAAAAUUUUUCCCUACCACAGUGACGAUAGCGAAUGUUUACUAUUUAAUGUUAAAUUUUGAGAGUUACUGUUCAUUUCUCAGUUAAGAAUUAAAAAAGUAUUGUAGGAAAUGAGUUUGUUGUAGGAUAUGAUUGUAAGUCUAUCAAGCAGCAACUCAGAAGUUCGAACAUGUGUGACAAUUUUCAAUAAAUCUUUUUCUCUGACUGUUGAUUGACUUUUCGAUUCUCCGAUUUUUCAGCUACUCGACUGUUCGAUCGUUCAAAUCCUCGGCUCUUCAAAUAUUCGACUCUCCGAUUCUUAGAUUCUUCAAUUGUUCGACUGUUCGAUUUUUCGUAUCUUCAACUCUUCGAUUUUUCAAUUGAUCGAUUGUUCGACUCUUCGAUUCUUAGGUUUUUUUUAAAUUCUUCGAUUCUUAGAUUCUUCGACCCUUCGAUUUUUCGAUUUUUCCAUUCUUCCACUGUUCGAUUUUUCGUAUCUUCGACUCUUCGAUUUUUCAAUCGAUCGAUUGUUCGACUCCUCGACUCUUCGAAUAUUCGACUCUUCGAUUCUUACAUUCUUCGAGUCUUUGAUUCUUCGACCCUUCGAUUUUUCGAUUUUUCCAUUCUUCCACUGUUCGAUUUUUCGUAUCUUCGACUCUUCGAUUUUUCGAUUUUUCCAUUCUUCCACUGUUCGAUUUUUCGUAUCUUCGACUCUUCGAUUUUUCAACUGAUCGAUUGUUCGACUCCUCGAUUCUUCAAUUAUUCGACUUUUCAAUUCUUUGACUCAUCAACUAUCUCUCGGCACUCACAUCUCUCUAUUUUUACAUCUCUCAUUUUUCCUCAGUCUCCAUAACGUUUGAAUUUUUCCCAAGAUUUGGGUUUCUUUCGCUACCUGACCUUGUCACUUAUAUGAAAUAAUAACAUUAACCUUACCCCUACAAAAUUACAAGUUAACCUAAAACUACGACACAAGUCCCAAUACUACAAUGUUGUUAGAAAUAAUUAAAUAGAAGAAGAAAAAAAAUAAAAAUACCGUGUGAAACAUUUUGUUCAUUAAUGCAAAUACGAACAAUAUCCCUACGAAUUGCACACGUUUAAUAGCGACGCAUGAAAAUAUCUGGCCACAUGCUUUGCAUGUCACUUGUCAGAGUUCUGAAAGGGCUAAUGCAACCAGAACAGUGAUACUGUCAGAAAUUUACCGCCACCGUGGCAUUUGUCGAUACGUUUAUUGGGCCACCCAGUUUUACAAAGCUGGGUGAAAAACUUAAGUUUAAUCACGAUGAUAGGUGAAGAAUAAUAACGUUCAGGUUGUUAGGAUCUUGUGCGUUGAUGAAGUUUGAAAAUUAAUUUCAAAGCCGGGGCACGUGUGGGAUAUUACUUCACGCAUGAAAGCGUGUGACUUUCCAUCGUAAUUGAAUCAGAUUUUCAUAAAAUUUGCAGAAUUUAAUUAAACGCGAAAUUACGAACGGGAUAGGAAAAAAAUUUCUAAUUUUCGUGUUUUUUCUUCCUCCUCCUCCCCCCCCCUCCCCACGUGAAAAAGUUUCGUAAAUUAAAAACUGUAUUUCCUUUGGUUAGUUCGUUCAUGAAAGAGACAAAAGAGAUAGCUUUUCUUCUUUUCAAUAUCAAAUCGAGUCUCCCGCUGUGCUUGUACGCGCUUGGGAAAAAAGUCUCUCGUCUAAAUAUACAUUUGCCAUCUAAGAAAGUGAACAAACUUCGUACAAAUUAUGUGCAAAUUGUGCAAACAUCGACAAUGCGUUCUUGCGCAACGUUUGCUUUUCUCGUUCAAAGGCCUUGAACUAGAGAGCACUCGUUGCUUGAAAUUAGGCAAUCGGUAGCCAUUUCACGUUACAAGUAAAGAAACCGUGAACUAUGCUUGUAAUAUAGAUGCAACAGUGAUAUAUACAAAAUGUACUGACAUCUGUUUAUAAAUGUUUUCAAUGUAAUGUCGCUGAUACUUGGAAUUUUCACGGACGGAGGAAGUAACAUGAAAGCGCAGCUAACAGAAUGAAAAGAUAUUUCGAGUGAGAAUUUCGGACGACGGUAAAGUUAGUUUAGAAUAUAAAUAAAUUUCAAAUAAUGACAAAAUUAGUAAAAAAAACCGUGGAUUGUAACAAAACUUGUACAAAUAAAUCUGUAAAAAUAAAUUUAUAAGAAUAAAUCUAAACAAAUCUCUGUAAAUUUCAUUACACACACCGCGAUUUUAUUUUCAACUCUGACCUAGGCUACGUGAAACUACAUUUUAAAUCGGCAUCGAAACCAAAUGCGGUUUCACCAUUCUUUUUUUUUUCUUUUUUUUUUUUUUUUUUUGUGCAUCGCGGAGAAUAUUCAGAGCAAGUGGAAUAUUCGGCUCCUUUGCAGAUAUAAAUUCUGUGGCUCGUUGCCCAAUCAUCUGGACGACAAGGACGUGCUGGACGACGAUCCGAAGGAAAAUAAUAACGUGAUGACGGAUACCAUCACGGGGAAUCUUGGUGGAACGCUGCCGCACAAGAAACGAUCGUUGGGCGUGCAUUUCUCCGACGGGGGGCCAACUGGGACUCUGGACCUCGUGAAACAUCGAUCGCAAGAUUCUCUCGACGAGAACGAUCCUUGGAGGUACCAGCAGAGCGACCUUGACUUGGUGAGAUUCCGCCACGGGAAUUUCGACUCGGUGAGAAGGAAUCGCAGCGGCGAGGCGACGUCCACCGACUCGACGAGAAGGUACACCCGGGGCACGUCCCUGGAUGACAGAUGCCACCGAAACUCGGAUCUCGACCUGGUGGGCACGCUGCCGAAACGGAAGCAGGACGGUAGAAACGGCGGGAAGCUAUCGGACACGACGACAACCUCGUCGACAACCACGCAGCCGUGCAUGGCCGACCCGGCGGAGAACGAUCUGCUGAUGCAGAUCGUGCAUAAGCCCGAUUGCGAGUUGGUCAGGCAUCGGCAACAGCUUAGCAAGUGCAUCGAUUUGAAGUUGAGCAAACUGGCCGGCGGGGAGCCGCAGGAUCAAGGUUACGCCUCGGAGCGAUCUCCCGAAGACGAGCAUCCACCAUCGUUGCCUGGACAACCGUUCCCCAACAUAACGCCU